AUGGAGUCGGUAAAACAAAGGAUUUUGACCCCAGGAAAAGAGGGGCUAAAGAAUUUUGCCGGAAAGUCCCUUGGCCAGAUCUACAGGGUGCUGGAAAAGAAGCAAGAGACCGGGGAGACCAUCGAGUUGACGGAGGAUGGGAAGCCCCUGGAGGUGCCCGAGAAGAAGGCGCCCAUGUGCGACUGCACGUGCUUCGGCCUGCCGCGUCGCUACAUCAUCGCCAUCAUGAGUGGCCUGGGCUUCUGCAUCUCCUUCGGCAUCCGCUGCAAUCUGGGCGUGGCCAUCGUGGACAUGGUCAACAACAGCACCAUCCACCGCGGGGGCAAGGUCAUCAAGGAGAAAGCCAAAUUCAACUGGGACCCGGAAACCGUGGGGAUGAUCCACGGGUCCUUCUUUUGGGGCUACAUCAUCACCCAGAUUCCAGGCGGCUACAUCGCGUCUCGGCUGGCCGCCAACAGGGUUUUCGGAGCUGCCAUCCUUCUUACCUCCACCCUGAAUAUGCUAAUCCCGUCAGCAGCCAGAGUGCAUUAUGGGUGUGUCAUCUUUGUUCGGAUACUGCAGGGACUUGUUGAGGGCGUCACCUACCCAGCAUGUCAUGGCAUCUGGAGCAAAUGGGCGCCACCUCUCGAGAGGAGUAGACUGGCAACCACCUCCUUCUGUGGUUCCUAUGCUGGAGCUGUGAUUGCAAUGCCGUUGGCUGGCAUUCUCGUACAGUACACCGGCUGGUCUUCAGUAUUCUAUGUCUAUGGAAGCUUUGGGAUGAUCUGGUACAUGUUUUGGCUUUUGGUGUCUUACGAGAGUCCUGCAAAGCAUCCUACUAUUACAGAUGAAGAACGUAGGUACAUAGAAGAAAGCAUUGGAGAGAGUGCAAAUCUUUUAGGUGCAAUGGAAAAAUUCAAGACUCCAUGGAGGAAAUUUUUUACAUCUAUGCCAGUCUAUGCAAUAAUCGUUGCAAACUUCUGCAGAAGCUGGACGUUUUAUUUAUUGCUUAUUAGUCAGCCAGCAUAUUUUGAGGAAGUGUUUGGAUUUGAAAUCAGCAAGGUUGGCAUGCUAUCUGCUGUGCCACACUUAGUGAUGACAAUUAUUGUGCCCAUUGGAGGACAGAUUGCAGAUUUUCUAAGAAGCAAACAAAUUCUUUCAACUACUACAGUAAGAAAGAUCAUGAACUGUGGUGGUUUUGGCAUGGAAGCAACACUGCUUCUGGUGGUCGGCUACUCUCAUACGAGGGGGGUCGCUAUCUCCUUCUUGGUUCUUGCUGUGGGAUUCAGUGGAUUUGCCAUUUCCGGUUUCAAUGUUAACCACUUGGAUAUUGCUCCAAGAUAUGCCAGUAUCCUAAUGGGCAUUUCAAAUGGCGUUGGCACAUUGUCAGGAAUGGUUUGCCCUAUCAUUGUUGGUGCAAUGACGAAAAAUAAGUCACGUGAGGAGUGGCAGUAUGUCUUCCUGAUCGCUGCCCUAGUCCACUACGGCGGAGUAAUCUUUUAUGCAAUAUUUGCCUCAGGAGAGAAGCAACCCUGGGCAGACCCUGAGGAGACAAGUGAAGAAAAAUGUGGAUUUAUCCACGAAGAUGAGCUUGAUGAAGAAACAGGAGACAUUACUCAAAAUUAUAUAAAUUAUGGUACCACCAAGUCUUAUGGUGCCACAACACAAGCCAAUGGAGGUUGGCCCAAUGGUUGGGAAAAGAAAGAGGAAUUUGUACAAGAAGAAGGACAAGGCUCAUACACCUAUAAGGAUCGAAAUGAUUAUUCAUAA